AUGGCUGAAAACAAUCUUUUGCAAUCGACAAAAUGUUUACUAAAAGAUUUGGAUGCAAUAAAAAAUAAUGUUACAUUUACAUCAGCUUCGUCUGAACAAUCAGUUAUCUCGAGUAAAUCUAUGGAACUUAUUGAGUUGAGUAUCGAUGAAGCACGUUUAAUGAUGGAAUUUAGUGAUUAUUUACAAAAAUUUGAAAUGGAAAAACAUCAAUUACAAAAAGAAGUAAAACGAUUAUAUAAAGAAAAUUCAUUUCUUAGAGAUGAAUUAAAACGAACAACUAAGAAUCUAUCGACAUAUGAACAAAUGAAUAGUGAACAUAUAGUGGAAAUAGAACAUUUGAAAUUUUUACAUGAUGUCAAUAAAUAUGACACAAGUGUUGAAUCAUUAGAAGAUGAAGAUGUAAACGAUUUAUUUCCAUCAUCGACACCGGCUACUGAUGAUGAUAAUUAUCCGUUGGCUGAUGUGUCGAUGAUCACAUCAGAAUCAGCAAUCUCACCAAGCUCGCUUUCUGACGAAUUUGUUCCAUCUAGAGCACAGACCAUUCGAUCACUCGUACUACAAUAUGCAUCAAAACAACGUUAUGAAGUGGCCAUACCAUUAUGUAAACAAACAAUUCAAGAUUUGGAAAGAACAGUUGGACAUUAUCAUGAAAAUGUGGCAACAAUGUUGACAACAUUAGCCUUUGUUUAUCACGAUCAGUCAAACUAUCAAGAAGCAGUAUCGCUACUCGAAGAUGUUUUAUCAAUAAGAAUAAAACUAUAUGGAAACGAACAUUUAUUAGUGGCACAAACAUUAAAUAAUUUAGCUGUUUUAUUUAGUAAAAGGCAGAAAUUUAAAGAAGCAGAAAGUUUAUGUAAACGUUCAUUAGCAAUAAAAGAACAACAUUAUGGAUGUGAUCAUGUUGAAAUAUCAAAAUUAUUGAAUAAUUUAGCUUUAUUAUGUAAAAAUUUAGACAAAUAUGAUGAUGCUGAAUUAUAUUAUAAACGUUCGAUUGAUAUUUUAACAAAACAAUUAGGUGAACAUAAUUUAAGCGUUAUUAAAACAAAAAAUAAUUUAGCUUCAAUUUAUCUAAAAGAUACUAAACAAUAUAAAGAAGCUGAAAAAAUAUAUAAAAAUAUAUUAGCAUAUAGUAUUGUACAAGAAUUACCACAUAAUUUAAUAACAAUGAUAUUAAAAAAUUUAUCAUUAACUUAUCGUCGACAAGAUAAGUGUGAUUUAGCUGAUACAUUAGAUGUAUGCGCAUUAAAAAUGAAAAAACAUUUGGAUCCUAUUUUUGUACAAACAUUAAAUGUUAUUCAACAAACAGAUUAA